ACACUCGCUUUGGACACACACACACACACACACACACACACUGAAGAAGCACAGUUGACGUGAUUGACAGAGCGACAGAAGUUUAUUCGCACGUCUGACAGCCUCGUUUCCACUGGACUGAAAACAGCACUCUGACAUCCUCACUCACGCUCAUGUUUACCUGACAGGAUGCUUUGCAUGAGCUGCGCACUUAACCAGCCGAAUUAAUCUGUACACAGACAGUUUCGAGACGCUAUGCUCAGAAAACUACCCCAUGUGCUGACUUAAUGUGCAGGCUGUCCUCUUGUUGUGUUGUGGAUUGCACCAUGAUGCCAGGGUAGGGGCGUAAUCUCAUGCGCACUUUGUAAAAAAUAAUAUCACGCUCAGUGAUGCGCUGGAGGUGAGGCUGCUAAUGCAGAGGCAGGCUGAGGAGGAUGCGGGGGCAGGCGCUCUGCAGUUUGACUGACAUGCUCGCUGUUAUUAAGCGGAGGCACGUUAAUAAAGUGCUGUCAGGCUGACACAUUCAUGAACAGAUGGAACAGGUAGCCAAACGUGUAAGAUGCCAUAAGGAGAACCAUUGGAAAUCCCAAAGUCCCACAGCUUUUCACAUGAGGCUGGGGUCCUACACAUGGAUGAACUGGGGGAGGAGAGAGAACAGUGAGGCUGUCAUGUAAGCCGUCUCCUCUGGGGCCACCUCUCGGUGCGCACUGCUUCCUGCCUCAGGUAGAAACCUCAGUGUUUCUGCUGCUGAGGCGUCAGGCUGCUCUCCUCUCCUUUCCUCAUCCUGCUGAGAAGACAACAGCUCCGCUCUCAAAGUACCAAAAUGGAGAAGAGCUGCUCAGAGUGCUCUGAGCCAACACUAGCACAAAGCCUGUGUACACUCUGCAACAAGUGGUUGUGUUACCAGUGCACAGAUGUGCACCAGCAUCAGAGAGCUUCCUCCACCUCCCAGUACACAGACAUGCACCAACAACAGAGGCCCACUGCCCCCCAGUGUCCUGACCUGCACCAGAGAGGGUCCAGCUCCCUGCCUCCCACUGGACAAGGCCCAGGGUCGUAUCCUUGUCCCCUCCUCAUGUGCCACUCUCACAGACAGGAGCCCUUGGAGCUGUUUUGUGAGUCAUGUGACCUUCUGUGCUGUAGCAGCUGUCACCUGUCCUCCCACAAAACCCACAGGGUGGUGCAAAUCGGGAAGGCCCUCCAGGACCAGCAGUGGCUGUUUGAGAGCCUGAUGGUGCAGGUAGAGGAGAAGAGGUCUGCAGUGGAGAACAAUGCCAAACAGAUAGAGGACAGACUUCAUGGAGUAAAGAUUGCACACAGGAAGGCAGAGAACCAGAUUAAAAUGGCAAAGAUGAUUAUGAUGAACGAGCUUAACAAACGAGCUACCCUAUUAAUAGAGCAACUGGAGAAAAUCUCAGAAGACUUCCAGCAGCGUUUGGAGGACCAGCUGCAGGGGGCAAUAGAGACGUGUGGCCAGCUGGACCAUGUUCAGAAGUUCAUCACCUGGGCCAAGACCCAUGACUGCAGAGGCCCGGUGCUCUUCAGCAGAGCUCUGAUUUCACUCCAGAUGCAGCAACUGGUUGAGCCAUCCCUCCACUCAGAACCCUGGAGUCCUGUCAAGAUCAAAUUCAACUGGGAUGCAAGUUACUGGACCAAACAGAUAUCUUCUUUAGGUCAGCUAAAUGUUGAAGGGGGAAACUGCACUUAUCCUCAGGGCCUGACCUGCUCCAGUAUCCUCAGGCCUCAGCCCCUCACCUGCAUGACUCUGCCGUCUGUGUGUCACAGAGGACGAGAGCCGGGCUGUGGGUACCAGGCCUGUUGUGAGCCCCAGAUGUGUUGUCUUCACGGCAUCCCCUCACAGCCAGACUUAUCCAGUCUGGACAAAAGCCAGCUGGAAGCCACUCUGUAUAACUCCAGCUGUGUUCAACCUGCCCUUAUCUCCUCCCUGCACCAGAGCCAGCAGCUUCAGAGGUGCUGGGAACCAGACAGCUCCACGCAGUGUCCUCCUCCCUCAUCACCUGUCCCAAUCAUUGGAAACAUCCAGCUCAACUGCAAUCGAGGAUCUGCAUCCCAGCCACAAGCCUCUCUGUCUCAGUCCCAGUCAAAGUCUUACCUUUAUCACCAACACCAGAGAGAAGUCCUUCAGGACAGCCAGAAUCUGCAAAGUGCAGACCACAGCAGGCCGGGCCAGUGUCAGAGAAGGCUGUCGACUAGCACGACUCAGCAGCAGGAUCCCAGCCACGCAGCUGCAGACAGAGAUGUGAUGACUGAAGAGAGCUGGGAGGAGAGAUGCAGAGUGGAGGAGGAUGUUGGAGGAACGGCUGGUGUUGAAAGCAGAGAGCUGCUGGAUGAAGAGCUGCAGGAGGACAGGAGGGAGCAGAGUCCCGUCCAACAGCAGCUUCAUGUUCAUCCAGAGCUGAGGAAAGAAUCGCAGAGGAACAGACCAGCACUGACGCUCAGAGACAACAGAGAUGCCAGGAGAUCCACAUCCCUGGAGGUGUCAGUGACAGCCCAUGAGCGUGUAUCUGACAUGCAGAACAGCAGACUCAGCCCUAGUUUGGUGUGCACGAGGAGAAAGAGACGCUCCCAAAGCAUCCCUGCAGAACUGGCAGCCCCAUCCGGCAGCCCUUACUCUGAAAGGCCCACAGGAAGCACUCACAGCCCAGAGGCAGAAGCUGCAAAUAAGUAUGCCAGCGUGGACCCCAAACAGAGGAGGGCUUCAGACGGGGUGCUCUGUGUCGUCAAAGAAUCUUCCUCUGAGAUGCCUCACUAUAGACGCCACCGGUCUCCCCUACUAUCCUACAAGACUGAGCCAGAACAAUUUUUCACAUAUGUAAAUGAGGAGAUUGAUUUUGAGGCCAAGGAGAAGUGCAGGGUGUCAAGAAACAACCACAACAGUAACAGAGACGUUCAGAAGGACUCAGGAAGGCCAAAGGUCCCAGUAGUUUGUCUGGAGCGUCUCAAAAUUCUUGUGUCUCAACUCCCCCCACAUGGACGACGGCAGAGUGACCCUUUACCUGCCAGCGGGAUGGGAAAGAGCGACACUCUGUCCCGGCAGAGUACCUGGCAUGAUGCAGCACCGGAAUCGAGCGCACAUCAGACCACCAGUGAGUUUGACAGCCACGGGCGAAUCAGCUCUCGUAAAACCACCACCCUGCCGUCUACUGACCCAAAAUAUGUGGCACAGAGUUACACCACUCUGGAUCUGGACUCUGACUCUGAUCCCAGAUCAGUCUCAGAGGAUGCAGUGUUUUCUUGGGAGGAUCCAGAACAGCAGCAAGACUCAGAUCCAUCACAAGAAUCUGACCCAAAUGCAGAGUCUUCUUCUGAAGCUGAAGAGAAGUCUGCGGCUGUAGGAGAGAUUGGGCUCUGUGGUGAAGCAGAUAUUGCAGAAGAUUCUGAGCCAAGUUUGGAAUAUGAAGUGGAUCCAGGAUCAGAGGAUGGACAACAGCUGGAUGCUGAUACAGAAUCAGGCGAUGGUGGAACAGAGUCAGACGUCCAGCCUGAGUGCGAUCCCCAGUUUCAGACAGAGACCGACUCUGAAGUAGCUUCUGAUCAGCCUCCAGACUCGCAGGGCUCUGUGGAGUCUGAGCUCGACUUAGACUCUGACCCUGAACUGACAACGGAUGACCCACAGCCUCUCCGCUCUGACCUGGAAGAGGACUCACACUUCAGUCCCACACAGAGGCCGCUUCUGAUGGCAAACCCUCCUGCUCAAAGAGGCGCAGAGGACGUCGAGCCGGACCAGGACAGUGCAGCGAUGGAGAGUGAGGACUUCUGUGCCGUGUGUCUGAUUGGAGGAGACCUGCUGUGCUGCGACCGCUGUCCUAAAGUCUUCCAUCUGUCCUGCCACAUCCCGUCCCUGCUCAGCUUCCCCUCAGGUGACUGGGUGUGCAGCCUGUGCAGAGACAUCAUGCAGCCGGAGGUGGAGUACGACUGUGAGAACGCAAGAACAUCUGGAGAACACUCAACAGCACUCGGACUCCCUGAAUGUGAUCAGAGAAAAUGUGAGCGGCUGACUCUUCUGAUCCUCAGUAACAUCCUCAGUGCUCCCUUUCACGAGCCCGUCAGUCCACUGGCUCGUCAUUACUACCAGAUCAUUAAGAGGCCCAUGGACCUGUCUGUGAUCAGGGCCAAACUCAACAAGAGGAACACUCGACAUUAUAACUCAGCGGACCAGUUUGUCACUGAUGUUUAUCUCAUGUUCCGCAACUGUGCAAAGUUCAAUUAUCCUGACUCUGAGGUGGCCCAAGCAGGCCGCAGCCUUGAGUCAUUCUUCACCUCCAGGCUGCAAGAAGUUUUCCCAGACAGUGUUUUCCCCGGGGCAGAGGCGGACUCUGACAGUGAUGAGUACGAUGAGGCCUACAGGACCGCUGAUGGCGGUUUCCCCUGGCCAGAGAGGAGGGAGCAGUGCCACAGGAAGAGGAAGAGGAGACACUCUCUCAAGUCAAGGAGAAAUAACUUCUAACCAGAGGUGAACCCAGUUCAACCGUGAACACGAUUAUGCUGUAUUUGUGUGUAAUUAUGCUGUUUAUUGUUUAGCAGCCUGCGGGGCUGAAACAGUGUUUCCAUGCUGUAAUCUGAAAAUAGGCCUAAUUAGCGGUUUGCAAUAAUGUCACAGUGCUGCCACCUGAUGGCAGCUGAACAUAUUGACACAGUAGUUCAAAUAUUUGACAUGUUGUAGCAAUUAAUAUCCCUGCAUACUUCAACUGAUAGGAUGAAGAGUGUAAAAGAAUAAUUAAAAAACUCAGUCACAUUCGUUCUUCAUGAAACAAAACCAGCAGUUUGUUGGGACUUCUGCAGGAAGCUGCAUCACAUCAUAUUCAAACACUGAUUAUUUACUCCUCAUGCACUUGGAAUGACCCACUGUAUUUUCAUUCAGGACUCGCUAUGUUACACACCUGCUGUUAUAUGCUAUACUGUACAUAAAGAAUGCUGAAAUUGUAUGUUCAUCCAUCUUACUUAGCAUCUUUAUUAAGUGGAUUACUUUAGGUGAUUAAUGUAGCGCUCAUAUAUUUACAGCACUUUGGAACUUUCAGAUUGGUAAAUUCUGUAUUUACCAUGUUUGUAAAUGAUAUUAUACAUUUAUUUUACUAUAUUUGUCAUAUUACUUAUGAAAUGUUUGCAGGUGUUUAUCAUAAGGUUGAUUAUUGAUGUGAUUAUGUGUCCAAGUAGCUUCUUUUGGUAAAGAACUGAUGAUUUAUAAUCUUUGCUUUGUUGACUGAAUGAUUCAGAAUGUGAAUGAAAGAAGGAAGUAUAACCAGUGCGAGCGCUCAAAGGGUUAUACGUUUUUCAAUUUUCGGUAAGGAUUUAAUAUUCAGAUCAAACGAUACAGCUAAAUAUUGCAUUUAAUGAUCAUUGAGGUUUGUGUCUACUUGCUGUAUGCUCUCUGUCUCACCUUAGUUUGAGCUCAAUUUUGUACUCUCCUGUUUUCUCACUAUCUCAGGCUUGAUAAGAGUGUAAGCUACUGAUAUCGUAAUGAUGAUUAUAAGAUGUAGAGCCAAACUGAAAUAUGUCAUUUUAUAAUAUCUGCUGUUGUAGAGCAUUUCUUGUUUUUUAAUGUUCUUGACUUGCUUCCUGCAGCCUAAGGUAGAGUUUACUUGACAUUUAGAGUAAGUACUGCACAAAAUGAUUGUCUGUGCACUCCUUGAUCAUUGUCAAGAGUAGUGAAUAUACAGUAUAUGUAAUGUUACUUCCUGCUAAAUCAAUAGAUGUAACAAUACUUCCUCUCGUAUGAGAGAGAGAUGACAUUUACUGUUAUUGUUACUGUUUUAGGCAAGCAGCCUCAUUCUUUAUCUCAUUUUUUACUGUAACAGUCAAAGAUAAACAUGCACAUGUAUGAAUAUCAAUAAAAUGCAUUCUGG